AGUGCUUGGCGUUAUAACAAUUAAGACUAAAUGACGACGUCGCCUCUAAAAACUACAGUUCUGACAAUUUUUGUUGUUGUGCGAACUUUUUAUUUUGACAUUUCAAUGGCAUUGAAUAAAAUCAGAGAGAGGAGUGUUAUUUUCGCGAAUAUCCCCCGAUUUUCGUUGUGACAGUUUGAUAAAAGAUAUAGGAAGAGACAGUAACCUUGAUUACAUUUCAAGAUGCUGCCUACCAAGUUCCUUAUGACAUGUUUGAUGACUCCAACUUAUGGUGUGAAGAUUGUGAGCAUAGUAAUACUGGUGAAUGUAAUCAACACGGACCACUUAUUAUUAUUCCUGACUCAUCCAUUAUUAGCAGAGCAAGACAGUCAUUGCCAUCAGCAUUAGAGCUUAGGAGGAAUCGCGAUACAAAGCACGGUGUAUCUGUUUUUACACGUGAAAAUAUAAAACGUCGCACAAGAUUUGGACCCCUGCAGGCACCAAGAAAAUCCAGAAAUCCAAUCCGAGACAGAAGAACACUACCUUUCAAAUUGUUUCUUGCAGGCAGAGACCCUCAGUGGUUUGAUACAGAAUCCGGAAAUGAAGGCCAAUGUAACUGGAUGAUCUUUGUUGCUGUUGCAAGAUCAGCUAAAGAACAAAAUUUAGCAGCAUUUCAAUACCAAUCUGGUAUUUAUUUUGUGACCACAAAGGAAAUCACUGCUGGGGAGGAGUUACGUGUGUGGUAUGCCAAGGAAUAUGCCGCCUGCAUGGGAACUUCACCUCUACACAAAACAGAAGGUUGUCUACCUUCUUAUCAGAAUAAAAGUAGCAUUUUCAAUAGAAGCUUAAUAGCCUUGGUUGGCGCUGACCUGCGGCCCCGGCCCCCAGCCAGGGGUGCUCCACCAGCCACUUGUCGGAGGUGCCAUCGACGACUGGUGGGCACACGCCAGGUGUGCAACCGUUGCGCCACCCUGACCAAGGCUCUGGCGACGGGUGGUCGUUCCAGCACUAGGCGCGGGCUCCCGACUCCCGCCGUCAUGUCUUCCCGAGAUGAUAGUAGCGAUGGGGCAGUUCCAGGUACCUCUCUCUCCACGGUACAUCGAGGAGAUGAAGUGUUGCAAGAAGAGCACCUUCCAGUUGCUGAGGCACAAAUUAACAUCCCUCUUAGUACUAACACAGAAAUGUCUACACCUAGCACAUCACGACAUACUCUUAGAAGCGGCGACACAGCCAUGGAAGCAGGUGGUAGUAUUUUGGAGGGACAACGUUUGAUGAGAACUAGCAGCAGUUCUAGGAAGUCUUCGGGAAGAAGUAAGAAGGAUGCAAAAAAUGAAGAGAAUCUUCAGAGAGCAGCAUCUAGUCGUAGUGGUGGAAGUGAAGGUAGCGGAAGUGCUGCAGCCAGUGGUGGAGGCGUUGUUGGCGGUGGCAAUGGAAGUAGUGAAAGUGGUGGCACCUCAUCUGCAGAAAGAAAAAGGUCUAGGACGGGGCCGUCACCUGGCCGGCAUGUGUGCCAUGUAUGUUUGAAAGCAUUUGGCAGCCCAGGUAAACUGAGCCAGCAUAUGUAUUCUCACACUGGAGAGAGACCAUUUGAAUGCUCACAGUGUAAAAAGGCAUUUUCUUCAAAGUUUAAGCUUGUGCGACAUGUUCUUAUACAUUCUGAUGAGAGAAGGUAUAGGUGUACAGUAUGUGAAAGAACUUUCCAUCGCAAAGAUCAUUUGAAGAACCAUGUGAAAGUUCAUAGCCCAGUGAAGAAAACUUUCAGAUGUGAAAGAGAGGGUUGUGGGAAAGAAUACAGUUCAUUUCUCAGUUUCCGGAAGCAUGUUGCUGUGCAUGCAGCUGAAGAAGGAAAUUUGGAAUGCAAAAUGUGUGGAAAAGUGUUUGCGAACAAAGAAGAAAUUGUUUACCAUCUUAAAGUGCAUGCUGGAUCAAGAACUGUCAAAAACCCUUCAGAUAAAAAGUAUCGUUGUGACCAUUGUGACCGUAAAUUCUUCACUCGUAAGGAUGUCCGUAGACAUUUAGUAGUCCACACUGGGAAGAGAGAUUUUUUGUGCCAGUUCUGUCCCCAGAGAUUCGGCCGGAAGGAUCAUCUGGUACGUCAUAUCAAAAAGAGUCACCAUGGUGCAGCAGCAGGCCCCGUGACGAGGGGCAGAGGUAAAAGAGUUCGCGCUGCUGCUGCCGCUGCUGCUGAGAUAUCUCGAAAAUCAUCUGUUGUAAGCCCUAGACCCUCGACAUCAAAAGCCACUGUAUCUACAAGUUUAGAGUUUGAAGGAGAGUCUUCUACAAUACCUGGUCCAUCUUCAUCUUUUUGUGAAGUAGAAGAGACAAAGGAUAUACUGAUGUUGGAGGAAGAUGUGGAAGAUGAUCCACUAAAAACACCAUCUAUUGAGGAAAUUCUCCAGCAUUCGCCUUCAAGGAGCAGUUCAAUUCUGCUGAAAUCAGAAACGACAUCUAUGGCAUCAGGUGAGAGAUCUGCAGUGACAGUGCACCACAGACCACAAGUAUCAGAAGAUUCCCGUACUACUGAACUAUUGACAGAAUUGGUUUAUGGUCACCAGCAUCCAGUCCCUCCACCACCUCCAUACCCACCAUCAUCUCAGUUUAAGUCAUUUGAACAUGGAAGUGGUGUAAAAAUGGAGUAUCCUUCACCAAGUUCUCUCUCACAAUCAGAGGGGCCGAUGGAUUUCUCGCCAUAUCUCAGCCUAAUACCAUCGACAUCAGCUUCAUUAUCUGAAGACAUAGUGGAUGAAAGUACUGGUGGUGUGCAAGAAGAACUGCAUCGAUUGCUCUCUGUAGGUGAAUCAGGCUCAGAGGGCCUCCUUGUCCCUGACCCAAAUAUUUCUUCCCAAUUUUUACAUCUAAUGGAAUCUGCAGCAACAUCUCUGGACAUAACAGGAGCAUCUGGGUCUGCCAGCACUUCCUCUGAAAUGAUGGCAUCACUCCUUGAAUCAUCAGAGGAUGUUUCAAACAAACCUGUACCACUACCUCGCUUCAACCAAGCUUUCCAACAGCAACAACAACAACAGCAGCAGCAACAACAGCAGCCCCAGCCACAGCAGCAACCGCAGCAGCAGCAAUCCCAACUACAGCAACAGCAGUCACCUACAGCACCCCAACAACAGCAACAAUAGCAGGGAUGGCAUCAUCCACUGUCUCUACUGCCACCAUCAUUAUCUUUGUUUGUGACACUGUUGUUUAUCUUGCAUACAUAUCCACGUGUUAUUCAACUCUUGAGGAAGCUGCAAGAGCACUGGCUGGCAAUGCAUAAUAUUUUCAGUCUGGAUUUUUUUUAUCUUAUCUGUUUACUAGUCAUUUGUGAUGUUUUAAUUCUGCGUAUUUCCGUUAUGUGUCAGUUUUGUAAUUAUUUUUACUUGUGUUUCUAAAACAAAAUGAAAUAUAUAGGUUUUGUAUUCCUGCAGUAGGGGUAUAGAGUGACGUAGUUGAUUGUUUUAGAUUACACUUCCCACCCUCUCCUGUUUUUGAAGGUGCACAGUAAUUCUGCUCUGAAACAGUAUUUUUUAAAGCCAACUAGGAGUGAGUUCGUAGGAAUAUUUUGUAUAACAUUUCACUGUCAUUGCCAUACAUAGGGAUAACAUUCUAAUAAUAAAGGCUGAGAUGUGUUGAAGCAAUGAACCAAGAUACUUUUUAUCUGAGCAUUGUGGUAUAUUUAAACUCAUCAGUCAAGAUGACAGCCAAUAUGUUAGAUCAAAUCUGUGCUACCAUUUCUUGUACACGAGACAAAUUUUUGUGUCAAUUCUUUCAUAAUUUGCAUAACCGGUUGGUACUCUAGCUGCUUCUAAGAGAAUUAAAGUACCUUAAAUUAAUAUUUUUAUAUAGCAAGUAUUUUACUAAAAAUUGUAACAGUGUUGUGCUGAUCAGCUUGCUUGCCAUUGUUGGGUAAUUUUUGCCUGUAUUGUUUAUACAAUCUUCUCAGUUACUCAGUUGUUAACAUUUUCAUUUCAUUUUAACCGUUUCUGCCCCAGAAAUUAAUCAGGACUUAAUUUGGGUCACAGCAUACAAACAACAGUCACUGUUAUUAAAAAUGAAAUUGUUUUGAAAUCUUGAUAGUUUCUAUAUCUUGCAUAAGAGCAGUGGAUGUAAAAAUAAUUUUCCCUCUCACAACACUCUUUUUUUCUUUUUACCCAACACACUUGCAAAAUCCAGUAGACUAAAUGACACAUGCAUUAACUAAAGUCACUGGAUACAACAGUUUGCCAAUGAUUUAUGAAAUAGUGAUAUGAGUCUUGAUUAGAGAGAAAUACAGAAUAUUGCUGAGAACUGAAAUUUCCCUGUAUUUAAUAGUAAGUUUAUGUGAGGGAAAUAUCUUACAACUGCCUUUCUGCUGUAUGAAUUCAGGAUUACCAUUCUACACAUUUGAGAGAUAUGAAAUAUUUCAAAUGAUGAUGUAUGCUUCAUUUGGGAAAAAAGAUGCGAGCACAAUACUGACCAGUCUCUGAUCAAUAUUACAUAAAACAUUUGUCCUUAGAACUUUUGAAGGCAUCUGAAAGAUUAUGCUGUCAUUUAUUCGAUCCUGAAGUCGAUUUUAUAAUCUGUGAUAUGGCCUCAGUUUACUGAGUAGAAUAAUCGUGUAGAUGAUUCAGUAACUGAAAAUUCCUUGAAGGCGCAAUAUGUAGAAUAAGGGAAAGGCAACCUUUCACCUAUAACAGAUCAAUGUGUGGAGCACCGAAAUGCGUAAUGAAUUUGUUCUCCAUCUGUAAUGACCCCGUUGUCAAUGAGACAUUAAAACAGCAAUCUCCUCCUCUCCCAUGGCCGUGGCAAGAGUCUUGCUUAUCAUUAUGUGUUUCUGUGGUCCAUGCAUCAAUCCAUUACAGGUGAGUGGUUGCCUUUCCAUUAUUUUAUGUACAGAUGAUUCAUUAUGCACCCUGCUUUAUUCCUAUGUCUUUUGUUUUCGUCUCAGGCACAAUAUUUUUUUCAGCUUAAAUUUCAUUCCUUACUAUUGGUUUCUCAGCAUUACAUCUGUUGCUCCUCCUAAUACUCUUUGCCUUUUAUCUGUUCUGGCAAACACUGUAUAUGUAGAUACUUUGUGAAUUUUAAUUUUGAAUAGUUGUUGAAAAAAUUAUAGGAAUGUGAAAGCUUUAAGCCUUUACAAGCAGCACAUGGAAGUAUAUUACAGAAGUUUCUUUUUAAAAAUAAUGAGUUCAUUAAUAGUGAGUUGGUUAUGCUAAACAAACAAAAGUGUGAAGAGCCUCGUAACUUAUCAUUUUAUGAUUUGACAUUAUGAAUGCAAGCUUCCAUUAGUAGUUAUGUGAUAU